AAACAUUGGGUCAGAAGAGGUGAAACUUCUCAGAACAUAGUCAAGUCUUUUUGCUCUGAGGAUUGUUUGGGCUCCCAAAAUCAAAGGCAUAGAGUAUGAAACCAUAUUUGAAGAUCUCUCCAACAAGAGCCCUUCCCUUCUCCACUAUAAUCCUGUCCACAAAAAAGUUCCAAUUCUUUUACACAAUGGAAAACCGAUCGUUGAAUCGCUUGUCAUUCUUGAAUACAUUGAUGAGACAUGGAAGGAAACUUCCUUGUUGUCUGAAGACCUUUACGAGAGAACCAUGGCUCGCUUCUGGGCCAAAUUUGGCGAUGAUAAGGAUGCGACAUCAAUCUUUCAGGGUUUCUUCCUCAAGGAAGGGAAAGAGAAAAAGGAAGCCAUGGUUGAAGCCAUGAAGCACCUCCAGUUCUUGGAGGACAAGCUGAAGGGAAAGAGGCUCUUCGGCGGAGAGAGGAUUGGGUUUGUUGAUCUUGCCUUGGGAUGGCUUGCUAACUUUAUCAGCAUAUUUGAAGAGGUAGUUGGCCUGAAAAUAGUGGAUGAGGAUAAGUUUCCAUUGUUGUCCAAAUGGAUGAAAGAAUUUUCAGAUUCUCCCAUAAUCAAAGACAACUGGCCACCACAAGACAAGAUGAUUGCCAAGUUCCAUGCCCUUAUGAUGCCACCAUUGCAGCAGCAGCAACAUCUAAAUGAACCGCCUCACUACACCUAGAACAACCAUUUGGAGUUCAUGAAAUAGUAUGAAUAAGAAUAAAAUAAUAUAUGUCAUGAUUCACACCAGUAUGUGUUUGUCUGCAACUGAACUUGAAUUUCUAAUACAAAAUACUUUCAGUAUUGUGUUGAA